AUGCCGGGAAGGGGCCCCAGUAAACGGGGUGUCGGUAUUGCGUUCGGUCCCGAUGUGACGAAACGGUGGUGUCAAGCAAACGGUGUAACCGGUAUCAUUCGUAGCCAUGAAGUCCGGCAAGGUGAGGGUUACGAAACACUGUCCUUGAGCAUUAAUAGAUCAGAAUUAGAUGGGUACGCUAUCGAGCAUGAUGGGCUAUGCACCACUGUUUUCUCAGCACCGAAUUAUGUCGACCAGGCAGGCAACAAGGGCGCAUUCAUUCGCAUCGACGCUACUGGCUCGCAAGAAUAUACGCAAUUCGAUGCGAAGCCCCAUCCACCCAUGAAGCCCAUGGCAUAUGCCUCUGGGGGAAUGGCUAGCCUCUUGAUGUAG